AUGUGGAAUAAAAUUAAAUCCAUCAAGGGCAUAAAUCACCAACCACUUCCUCCCAAUCUACUUUCCAACAAUAAUGCACUCACACUUCCUUCAGAUAUAGCCGAAGCUUUCGCACUUCAUUUCAAAAAAAAUAGUGACUGCACUAAUUAUGACCCAGAAUUCAUAAAUUUCAAAAAUACUGUUGAAGAUAAUCUCAAAAUUGAACUUGAAACCAAUUUCCUCCAACACGACAACCACCUUAAUGCGCCAUUCAAUCGAAAUGAAUUCUUCAAUGCCUUAUCUGGAUGUAAAAGCAAAAGCCCCGGUCCUGACGAAAUACCUUUUUCUUUUAUACAAAACCUCCCCACAAUAGGUCAUGAUCUCCUCCUCCAAAUAUAUAAUACCAUUUGGGACAAAGGUAUUUAUCCUGACCAAAGGCAUAAUGCGAUCAUUAUACCAAUUCCUAAAUCAAAUAAAAACAAAUUCAAUAUUAUCAACUACAGACCUAUUUCUCUUAUUAAUACGCUUGCAAAAACCAUGGAAAAAAUGGUCAAUAAACGAUUCAUUUGGCAUCUAGAAACAUCCAACUUAAUAACUAAGGAACAAUGUGGUUUCCGCAAAAACCACUCGACUAUUGACAUACUCUCCACUCUCCAUACUGAUAUCUGUAAUGCGAAAAAUCAAAAACAACACCUCAUACUUAUAUCUUUAGACUUAGAAAAGGCCUAUGAUAUGGUAUGGCGAAAUAGAGUCCUCAAAAUCAUCCAAAAAAGUGGCAUUAAUGGCAAAAUGUUUCUAUUCUUACAAAAUUUCCUAAAUGAUCGCAAAAUUCAAGUCAGAGCUCACGCAGAACUAUCAAAAAUUCACCAAACUGAAAACGGACUCCCUCAAGGAUCUGUUAUCAGUGUUACUAUGUUUUUAUUGGCCAUCAACGACAUUUUUAAAAAUAUUCCAAAACCCACAAAACACUUAUUAUUCGCCGAUGUCUGUCACAUUUACUGCAGCGGACAAAACAUCAUAACAACAGUAGAAAUACUACAAAACUCACUUAAUCUUCUCCAAGACUGGUCUCAUAAAACCGGAUUCAAAUUUUCUGCUAGCAAAAGUCAAUGUAUUAGCUUUCACAUUAGUCCUAAUGCAAACAUACAAUUAUAUCUUAAAAAUUCGCCGAUACCCGUUUGUAAAACACUCCGCAUACUUGGAAUGAUAUUCGACAACAAACUUAAAUGGACCCCACACAUAAAAAGACUCAAAAGUACCUGCAAAAUCAGAAUGAACAUUAUUAAGUCACUUUCCCACCAUACAUGGGGAGCCAGCAUGAAAUCACUCAAUAUAGUUUAUAAAUCUCUUAUAUUAUCCCAAAUACAUUAUGGCUCUCAAAUCUACAUUACAGCCAAAGAAAAUCUCUUAAAAAUGUUAGACCCAAUCCAUAACGAGGGAAUUCGUUUAUCAACUGGAGCCUUCAGAACCAGCCCCACAAACAGCAUUUUAUGCCAUGCUGGAGAACUUCCCCUCGAUUUACUUAGAGAAAAAGAACUCUUAAACUAUGGAAUCAAAAGAAAAAGCACUCCUAAUCACAUAGGAUUCAAUAACUUCUUCAAUAACAAAAGCACAAAUAGAACGAUCUCAAUUAAAAACCUCUUACCAUCAAUACAUAACAUCUUCUUCCAACUGAUCAACAAACUCAAUAUACGUACAGCUGUUAAAAACAAAAUCAUAUACCCAAACCAUCCCCCUUGGCUUUGGCAAAUCAAUAUCAAUACUGAGCUUCUACAACAAAGCAAACUCCACAUAAAUCCUAAUAUUAUCACCUCAAAAUUUCAUGAAAUUAUCCAAGACAAAUACCCGCUAUUCACUAAAAUAUAUACGGACGCAUCCAAAUCCACUCAAGGCGUUGACUUUGCAAUCUCCCAUAAUAAUAUCACACUACUUCACAAGCUUCCGCCAGAAACUUGUAUAUUCUCAGCAGAAACCCAAGCCAUUUAUGAAGCAAUCAUAUUUGCAAAGACGAUCACAUCAAACCACAUCCUAAUUUUAAGUGAUUCACUCAGUGCCCUACUUGCUCUUAAAAAUCCCUUACCUUCCAACGAAUAUUCUCAAAACAUACAAAAAAUAUUAACCCCGACUUCAAACAUCGAAUUUAUGUGGGUACCGUCCCACGUAGGCAUAACCGGUAACGAAAUUGCUGACAAGGCAGCUAACCUUGCAAUUAGAAUCAUCCCUCAUCCAACAUGCUCCGACUUAUCGACAAAUGACAUCAAAUCAUCCAUCAAGCAUAAAACUUACUCUAGAUGGCAAAAGUUUUGGGAUACAAUUCCUCUCUCAAAUAAACUCAAAACAAUUAAGAAAGAUAUUAAAAAAUGGACCCCACCCUACCAUUUCAACAGACGACAGGAAGUUGUCAUCACAAGAUGCAAAAUCGGACACUCACUCCUAACCCACUCAUUUCUCCUCAACAAAAAUCCACCACCCACUUGUGAUGAAUGCCAAACUGACCUUUCAAUCCAUCACAUAAUCCAAGAAUGCACGAAAUACACGGAUAAUGACGGGUAUUUAGCUACACAGACGAUAGCUGCUGAUAAAAGUAAGCCAGAACUUUCAAAUUUUUUUCAACAAACCCGUGAUGUGACUGCUAAAGCAUGUGGCGUAAGUCUCGCUUGUGUAAAAAAAGUUUGUUCUGAAGCGAAAAAGGAACUUGAAGUCGGACCAUCUAACAAAAUUGCUUUCAAAUCACCUAGGAAAAGUUAUAAACGUGUAAAAGUAAUGAGUUCUCUUGACGAUUUUGACAACGAAGUUGUCAGAAGAAAUAUACAUAGUUUUUUAUGA